GCUGCAAUGCGGCCCUGGUCCCUAUCCGGCCGCUUAGCAGUCACCGGAGUGAUUCAGCCCCUCGCCCAACGGGAGCCACGUCCCUGACUCCCCUACCUGGAGGUAUGCAGGUUUUUUAAAGGUUCAACCACGGCAACCCCGGAGCUGGUUCCCGCCACGAUCAAACGCCCAUCAUGAACAACAUACUCGCCCUCGCAAGCACGUCGUUGUUGAGCGACAGCACAUCUGCGGAAGACCUCGAACGGCGGAUCCCUGGCUUUUCAGUGCUGCAGGACUUCUUCAAGAAAUGGCUCAAGCUCGACCUCACGACAAUUCUCACCGCCGCCGCGUUGCUAGGCGCGGCAUCGUCGGGCGCACAAACCGUACAGCACACAGGGUCGAGGAUCUACUGGUGGGUCGUGCGCUUCUUGACGGCAUCGGUCUCCAUCGCUGGCAAUGACCGCCUUAACCACGAGGUGCUCAACUGGCUGGGAGCCAAUGUGCUCAUGAAGAAAGGCACGCGCAUCUUGACUGUCAAAUCUGAGUCGACCCGCAACAACACGUGGUCCUACCGCCGGGGUUCGCAGGAGCGCAACGACUACCAGCACGAGAAGCGCGUGCCAGUGCAAUAUCUCCCCACCUUUGGAACGACGUGGUUCAUUCACGACCGCAACAUCUUCAUGGUCCGCCGCAUCCUCACCAGCAACUCGCAGUAUAAUAUCGCGUGGGACUGGACACCGGACGAGUACGCAGGAGCUCCCGAGGGCGAUGAACCGCUCAUGGUCAUGUGCCUUGGGCGGUCUGUCGAACCAAUAAAGAGGUUCCUCAACACAUGCCGCGAGUUUUCCGACAAGCAGCGCGAGACGUGUAUUACGGUCCGCAGCAGCAAGCACAGUUAUGACGGGUUGUGGGAUACGACCAUCCUGCGGCCAUUGCGCCCGCUUGAGACGGUGCACUUCGACGAGGAGAUCAAAGAGGCGCUGGUUGCGGAUAUCGAAAAGUAUCUAGAUGUCAACACGCGCAGGUUUUACAACAGGCGCGGCAUCCCCUAUCGGCGAGGGUUUCUCCUGUACGGGCCUCCCGGCACCGGCAAGACCUCGCUCUCGCUCGCCCUGGCCGGGAGGUUUGGGCUGGAACUGUACCUGCUUCAUAUGCCCAGUGUCCACGAUGACACAUCGCUCGAAAGACUGUUUACUGCCCUGCCACCGCGGUGUAUAGUGCUCCUCGAGGACAUCGACGCGGUUGGCAUCAAGCAUCGUCCGCGGAUUCGAGAUCAUCAUGACAGCUCGGACAGCGGCGACGAUUCUGACAAGAGCAGCUCGGACAGAAACAUCGGCCUCGAGCGGUCACGUUGCACUCUUUCGGGGCUGCUGAACGUAUUGGACGGGGUCGCUUCACAGGAAGGGCGGAUCGUGCUGAUGACAUCCAACUAUGCGGACAAGCUGGACAAGGCCCUCAUCCGCCCGGGAAGGGUUGAUAAGAUGCUGUAUCUGGGCCACAUCUCGCCACGCAGCAGCGAGCUGAUGUUCCUCCGCAUGUUCAGUCCCGACGAAGACGGCGCAGCGCCGACGAACCGAGCAGUUCAGCUUUCCCAAGACCAGCUGAAGCAGUUAGCAGUCGACUUUAGCAAGUGCAUCCCGGAUGGAGUGUUCACGCCUGCUCAGGUUCAGGGUUAUCUCCUUGAUCACAAGGAUUCGCCCGUGAAUGCGGCAGCCAAGGCAAAGGAAUGGGUGCAAGAGGAGAUCCGGCUCAUGGAGGCAGCGAAGGAAAAGGAAAAGAAGGCAGCCGAAGCCAGAAAGAAAAAGAGAAAGGAGCGAAAGCGGAGAAGAGCGGAGAGGCUGGCAGAGGCAUUGCGGAACUACGAUUCUGGGGAGGACCUGGAAGAACUACGGCAAAGAGUGAAGGUGGCGAGAAGGAGGAAGAAGACAAUCACGCAGGAUGCAACUGAACCAGAGGAGGCAGAUGUGGACAGGAAGGCUGGAGAUAAGGAGGAGACAGCGUCCGAGAACCGCAACGUCGGGAGCAUUCCGAAUGGUGAGACACCCAAUGGCAUCCUGCAGGAAAGCGAGGAGGAUCUAGGAGCAAAGGCGGACGAGAACAAUGCUGCCCAUCCGAAGGUCGAUAUUACCGGCACGGAAGCCCCACAAGAUAACAAGCUCUCUGGGGGUCAUUGACCAGGCUAUAUCACAGGAGCACUGAGAUGGUCGAUAUGCAGGUGUUAGGGGGGUGGCAGUUGGUGGAAGAAGUCGGAUGUAAUUAUUUGGUGUAAUGCCUUUUGCAUGACAUUAUGAGCCCUGGUUUUCAGGUGCCAGUUAUGGAUGAAAAACAAAGAUGAAUUCAAGAUGCAAGAAAUAAAUAUCAUUUCGGCGCUUUGGGACACGAGGUUGGGGAAGUCGUCGAACCCAGGCUUCGCAAUUCAAGCAGGAUUAAUUACGGAAGCCCAAAAAAAAUCGAUCCUUAAAGAAGAU